UCCACCAUUCAAAUAACACGGCGGACUGCUCUUUAUAAAUUAAAGGCGGCUUUGGUACAGUAUUGUUACCGCGUUAAAAUGUCUCUGUUUUGUUAGAUGUUUUCACUAAACGCUUUAUUUCUCAACUAUUGACCGCAUCAUGUCAUCUGGAGGAGUUUCUCUCAUCAAUAUGUCCCACUGGGAGAGUGGCAAAAGGAGGAUACGAUUCUUGUAUCUGACAAAUAAUAACUCGUUUAACGUUACUAAAGGAUGCAGAAAUGAGGCUCAGAUGAUCCCUCUCUUUCUUGGAGCUGAUCUAUUUUCUGAAACAGACGUUCGCGGUGAAAACCAGCCCAGAUACCACACCAAAUAUGCUAAACGAGGACUGGCCACUAAACUGGUUUUCUCUUCAGACUGCAGAUUUCAAGGUCUGCGGCUUCCCUGCUCCCACAACAGCCUGUGGUUUUACAGUGUUCAAGGAGUGUUUCGAGUGGCGUUUGAGCUGUACAGCAGACAAGACCAGCUCUCAGUUAUGGAGUCAUUUCAGGAUCUUUGGAAAUCCCGUAUAAAUGACGACAACCUGAACAUGAGCUAUCAUCUCAGCGCUCAGGAUUAUCAACCCCAAGAUGAACAAGAACAAACAGCAAUAGUGUCAAACGACCACACGUGUUCAAUACACCAUGACCAAGCGCAAAGAGACUUUCCUCCAGACACGUCCUCAUCCACAGACCACGACUACUGUUCCUCAACAGAGCAGGCAAACCCAAACCAGCCCACAUUACUCACACAGAAGCUUUGCAAUCUAGCAGAAACAGCAAAAUUGUGUUCAAAUAUAGACGAGGAGACUACAAUGAAGGUCUUGGAGUAUGUUGAACGCAGUAUUAACGGGAUGAUUGAAGAGGAAAUAUUGACAGAUGCAGUGAUGUCUCUGCUUCAGGCUCAUCUUCAGAGCUUCUCCAUUUACUCCAGCAGUCUGUUGAAGGCCGUCGCAGGUUGGCUCGGUCAGCAGUUUAACUCCGCAAACAGCACUAUUAGCCAGAGGGUGGAAGGCUUUAAGGCCCAGCACAUCGAACAUAUCACAAACCUGCCUCCUCCAGAGGAACUGGCAUCCCAGCUUUUCCCAGAAGCAAUGAGGAAUCUUCUUGCACACUGGAUGGGUCUGAGCGACGAGGCCGAGGACUGGAAAAGACACAGCGAAUACCCCAUUUUGCUGCUUAUACUUGAGUUUGCCAAUCACAAUCUGGUCACGGGAGUCGCCCAUGUAUUGUACUCCAGCCUGAUAUGCAAAUGAGUGUACAGUUGAAGUCAAAAUACCUCAAAUCUGUUUCUUUCUUAUGAUGAACACCAAUAAAAAACACCAAGUGAAAGGAGCGGUCACCAAUCCUGGUCCUGGAGGGCCGGUGUCCCUGCAGGGUUUAGCUCCAACUUGCCUCAACACACCUGCCUGGAUGUUUCAAGUAUACCUAGUAACACCUUGAUUAGCUUGUUCAGGUGUGUUUGAUUAGGGUUGGAGCUAAAAUCUGCAGGACACCGGCCCUCCUCGAACAAGUUUGGUGACCCCUGCUGUAGAGUCUAGAUGGGAUACAGCUGUGGAUAGUCACAUUAAUAUAGCGCUGUACAACAAUAAAUGAACAUGUUUACAGUACUGUGAUGGUUGGGGUUAGCUUUAGGCUGUGGGUAGACCUUAAUAAAAUAUAAUUAAUGGGAAAUUUCAUAAAUAACAUAAAUAAAACUUGGUAUAAAUACUAUUUCAAAUUACUGUGAGGGUUGGGUUUAGGAUUUGGCUAUGGGUAGUCCUUAAUAAAAUACACUUAAUGGGUAAUUUGAUAAACAAUAUGAAUAAUGGUCAGUAUAAUUACUGUUUUUACAUUACGGUCAUGGUUGGGUUCGUGUUGGGGGUAGACCUUAAUUAAAUACAAUUAAUGGGUUAUUUCAACAUAAUAUAAAUAUAAUUCUCAAUUUCUGGCUGCAGCUGUAUCCCUUCUAGAAACAACCAGAAACCAUUGACAUUUGGAAACCAUGGUAAUGUCUAGAUGGGAUACAGCUGUAGCUGUCACAUAAUAUAGCGCUGUACAACAAUAAAUGAACAUGUUUACUGUGAUGGAUGGGUUGAGGUUUGGGCUGCUGCUAGAGCCUAAUAAAAUACAAUUUAUUGGGUAUUUUCAUAAAUAAUAUGAAUAACAGUCUGUUUAAUUACUGUUUUACAUAACUGUAAGGUUUAGGCUGGUGGUAUACCCUAAUAAAAAACAACUUAUUAGGUAAUUUCAUAAAUAAUAUGAAUAAAAAUAAGUAUUCUUUUGACUACUGUGAUGGUUGGGUUUAGGUUUGGGCUGGGGCUAGACCUUAGUAAAAUACAAUUUCAUGGAUAAUUUAAUAAAUGAUAUGAAAAAUACCCUGUAUAAUUACUGUUUUUAAUAGUAACCUGAGAGUUGGGGUGGGGGUAAACAUUAAUAACAUACAAUCAAUGGGUAAUUUAAUAAAUAAUAUAAAUAUGAAUAAUUCUCAUUAACUUCCAGCCGCAGCUGUAUCCCUUAAAGCAACAACCAACAACUUCCAUGGUGUUGUUUUUGUUACUAAGGAUGUCAGUGGUUACUGAUAUAAUUUGUGUUCAACAAAUAAAAGAAAAAAACACUUUUUGUGUGAACUUUGCCUUUAAAUGUGGGUUGGCAUGUCAUGAGGGGAGUUUUAUAUGUGCAUAGCCAUGAAGAUAAUAAUGAUAAUAAACUACAAAUAGUUUAUCAUUAAA